AUGGAAAAAAUUAAUCGGUCAGAUGUCACUGACGGAUUAAGAAGACAAUUAAAAAAUAGUGUUGGCAAGAAGAAACAACAAUUUGUUCUACAACAAGAAGAAAGAGAAAAUGAAAGUGAUGAUAGCGAAGAAACCAAAUCUCAACUUUUAAUAAAAAAAAAGAAAUACGUUAAUCCAAUUGAAAAAUUUAGACCAAAGACAAAAAAAGACAAACAAGAAAAGAUAAACAAACACAAAGAAGCUAAAGUUGAAAUAAAAGAAGACCCAUCGAAAAAGAAUAGAUUUAAUCAAAUAGAAUCUUCAACAGAUGUUAUAAACGAAGGUAUUAAUCAACUAAAAGAAACAAAAACAAUACAAGAAAAAGAUAUAAAAGAAAUUAAUGAUUUAAAAGAAGAAGUUAUAAAAGAAAGUAAUAACUCAGAAGAAGAAUUAAUAAAAGAAAAAAAAGAAAUUCAACAACCCAAAAAAAAAUAUUCAAAGAAAUCAUCCCCUCAAUUAAUAAAUGAUGAAAUUACUUUAUUUGAGGAUGUUGAAGGAAAUAAAAAGGAAACUAACACUAGAGAUAUUAUUGAAACUUUUUCCCAUGAAUCACAACAAUCAAACCAACACUCAGAAAAACAUAAAAAUGAAAAAAAACCACAAAAAGGUGGAGAAGAAAAGAAAAGAAAGAAAACAAAAACAAGAAGUCGAAUGAAAAAUGUAAAAAAAGAUAAACGACCUGAUCAUUUGAAACCGUCAUAUCUUCAAAAUACUAAUAGUAAAUGA